ACAGAACUUAUACGUAUGUGUGGUAUGCCACUGGGCGAUCAGGUCCAGAAAACCCUGGAUCUGCCUGUCGGGCUUGGGCCUACUACUCAGCGGUGAACCCGGAAAAAGAUAUCCACUCGGGCUUGAUAGGUCCUCUUCUGAUCUGCCAAAAAGGAACACUUCACAGGGAGAGCAACAUGCCUGUGGACAUGAGAGAAUUUGUCUUACUUUUUAUGGUCUUUGAUGAAGAGAAGAGCUGGUACUAUGAAAAGAAGGCCAGAAGGUCUUGGAGACAUGCAUCCUCAGAAGUUAAAAAGACCCAUGAGUUUCAUGCCAUUAACGGGAUGAUCUACAACUUGCCUGGCCUGAGAAUGUACGAGCAAGAGUGGGUGAGGUUACAUCUGCUAAAUGUGGGCGGCCCUCAAGAUAUUCAUGUGGUUCACUUUCAUGGCCAGACCUUGCUGGAAAAUGGCACUCAACAGCACCAGUUAGGGGUCUGGCCCCUUCUACCUGGUUCAUUUAAAACUCUUGAAAUGAAGGCAUCCAAACCUGGCUGGUGGCUUCUAGAUACAGAAGUUGGAGAAAACCAGAGAGCAGGGAUGCAAACACCAUUUCUCAUCAUAGACAAAGAAUGUAAAAUGCCAAUGGGACUAAGCACUGGUAUCAUAACUGAUUCACAGAUCAAGGCUUCUGAGUAUCUGGGUUAUUGGGAACCCAAAUUAGCAAGAUUAAACAACGGUGGGUCAUAUAAUGCUUGGAGCAUAGAAAAGCAUGCAAUUGAAUUUGCCUCUAAACCUUGGAUCCAGGUGGACAUGCAAAAAGAGGUUGUGGUCACAGGGAUCCAGACCCAAGGUGCCAAACACUACCUGAAAUCUUGCUAUACCACCGAGUACUAUGUGGCUUACAGUUCUGACCAAACCAACUGGCAGAUCUUCAAAGGGAACAGCACAAGUAAUAUUAUGUAUUUUGAUGGCAAUUUAGAUGCUUCUACAAUAAAAGAGAAUCGGGUUGAUCCACCUAUUGUGGCUAGAUAUAUUAGGAUCUCUCCAACUAGAUCCUAUAACAGACCUACCCUUCGAUUGGAGCUGCAAGGUUGUGAGGCUAAUGGAUGCUCCACACCACUGGGAAUGGAAAGUGGGAAGAUAGAAAACAAGCAAAUCACAGCUUCCUCAUUUAAAAAAUCUUGGUGGGGAGACUACUGGGAACCCUCCUGUGCCCGUCUUAAUGCCCAGGGCCGUGUGAAUGCCUGGCAAGCCAAGGCAAACAACAAGGAACAGUGGUUACAAAUUGAUCUGCUCAAAAUCAAGAAAAUAACUGCAAUUAUAACACAGGGCUGCAAGUCUCUGUCCUCUGAAAUGUAUGUGAAGAGUUAUGCCAUCCACUACAGUGAUAAGGGAGUGGAAUGGAAACCUUACCGGCAGAAAUCCUCCACGGUGGACAAGAUUUUUGAAGGAAAUAGUAAUACCAAAGGACAUGUGAAGAAUUUUUUCAAGCCACCAAUCAUUUCCAGAUUUAUCCGCAUCAUUCCUAAAACAUGGAAUCAAAGUAUUGCGCUUCGCCUGGAACUCUUUGGCUAUGACAAUGAAGUGGUAGUAGGAGCUGAGAGAUUAAGAGUUUUAGUUUUCUUCUUGCCAGUUGAUACCAAGAUGACAGUAUUUUCAAAGGAGGAGAUCAACCUCUCCCAGGCCAUCUUACAUGUCAGAGUUUUGUGGCCUGUUGAACCUGCAAAUACAGAACCUGUGGAUACAGAAUUUGCAGAU